AGCCGAUCCGCGGCCGCCGCUGAAUGUCCUUGCCGUCGCAGCGCGCCCCUUCCUCAGCCUGGACUUAAGCCGGUGCCGCCGCUGCCGCUGAGGCCCGCGGAGGAGAAGAAGCCGGAGCCCCAGAAGGAAAAGCGGGAUGUGGCGGACGCGCCAGGCCGCCGCGGCCUGUGAGGUCUGCAGAAGCUUCCUGAGCACCAGCUGCGCAGGGAGGGGGCCCCUCUCACCACCCAGGCUGCACCUCCUUUCCCGAAGCAUUCACCUCCUGCGUGCUCCCACAUUGAGGCUCCUGAGGCCUCAGCUCCGAGCCUCCUCACAGCCGUUCUCCUCCCUGUCUCACCUCCCACUCCGACGAUGGAAGCUCUCACCAAUGAGACCCAGCUACCAGCCUCGGAGGCACUUCUGGCCAGCCCGCUUGGCAGCCAGGCUCCUCCGACUCCGUUACCUCAUCUUAGGCUCAGCAGUCGGUGGCGGCUACACAGCCAAGAAGACCUUCGAUCAGUGGAAAGACAUGAUACCCGACCUGAGCGACUACAAGUGGAUCGUGCCCGACUUCGUGUGGCAGCUGGAUGAGUACAUCGAUCUGGAGAAACUUAGUAAAGCCCUUCCUGAUUCAGAAGCCCUGGCCAAGUUGCUUCCGGACUUUGACAAGCUCGCAGGAAGCUUCAGCUUAUUCAAGGAUUUUUUCUCCCCAGGUCACAAAUUGGUUAGUGAAGUCACAGGAGCUUCUGGCCUCCUUCUGUUGUUAGGUUCCUCAGGAGAAACAGCAUUUCGAGCCACCGAUGCAUCAGAAAGCGACAGGCAGUUUAAGAAGGGUCUGCUUGGGGAGCUCAUUAUCUUACAGCAGCAAAUCCAGGAACAUGAAGAGGAAGCCCGCAGAGCAGCUGGCCAGUAUAACACAGGCUAUUCCCAGCAGAAGCGCAAGGUGACAGACAAGGAGAAAGUAGAACAGCUUCAGGAAGAACUCCUGCGAACUCAGCUCAAAUACCAGAGAAUCUUGGAACGUUUAGAGAAAGAGAACAAAGAACUGAGGAAAUUAGUAUUACAGAGAGAUGACAAAGGCAUCCAUCACCGAAACCUCAAGAAAUCCCUCAUUGACAUGUAUUCGGAAGUCUUGGACGUUCUCUCGGACUAUGAUGCCAGCUAUAACACCCAGGAUCACCUGCCUCGGGUCGUCGUGGUGGGGGACCAGAGUGCCGGGAAAACCAGCGUCUUAGAGAUGAUUGCCCAAGCGCGGAUAUUCCCACGCGGCUCUGGGGAGAUGAUGACCCGUUCUCCCGUCAAGGUGACGCUCAGCGAAGGCCCUCACCACGUGGCCUUGUUCAAAGACAGUUCUCGGGAAUUCGACCUGACCAAAGAGGAAGACCUCGCAGCCCUGAGACGAGAGAUCGAGCUCCGGAUGCGGAAGAAUGUGAAAGAGGGCUACACCGUGAGCCCUGAGACCAUCUCUCUGAACGUCAAAGGGCCCGGGCUGCAGAGGAUGGUCCUGGUGGACCUGCCCGGCGUCAUUAACACGGUGACGGCGGGGAUGGCUCCCGACACCAAGGAGACCAUCUUCAGUAUCAGCAAAGCCUACAUGCAGAAUCCCAACGCCAUCAUUCUCUGCAUUCAAGAUGGGUCCGUGGAUGCUGAACGCAGCAUCGUUACAGACCUGGUCAGUCAGAUGGAUCCUCAUGGCAAAAGGACGAUAUUUGUGCUGACCAAAGUUGACCUGGCAGAGAGGAACGUGGCCAGCCCCAGCAGGAUUCAGCAGAUCAUCGAAGGAAAGCUCUUCCCAAUGAAAGCUCUGGGUUACUUCGCCGUCGUCACGGGAAAAGGAAACAGCUCGGAAAGUAUCGAGGCCAUCCGGGAUUACGAAGAAGAAUUUUUCCAGAAUUCAAAACUCCUGAAGACAAGCAUGCUGAAGGCCCACCAAGUGACCACCAGAAAUCUCAGUCUGGCGGUGUCCGACUGCUUUUGGAAGAUGGUGCGAGAAUCCGUGGAGCAGCAGGCCGAUUGUUUCAAAGCCACACGUUUCAACCUGGAAACUGAAUGGAAGAACAACUAUCCCCGCUUGCGAGAACUUGACCGGAAUGAACUCUUUGAGAAAGCCAAGAACGAAAUACUAGACGAAGUUAUCAGUUUGAGCCAGGUGACCCCAAAGCACUGGGAAGAGAUUCUCCAGCAGAUGCUGUGGGAGAGAGUAUCGACGCACGUGAUCGAGAACAUCUACCUUCCUGCUGCCCAGACCAUGAACUCGGGCACUUUCAACACAACGGUGGACAUCAAGCUCAAGCAGUGGACAGACAAGCAGCUGCCCACUAAAGCGGUCGAGGUUGCUUGGGAGACCCUGCAGGAGGAGUUUUCUCGUUUCAUGACGGAGCCCAAAGGAAAGGAACACGAUGACAUAUUCGACAAACUCAAACAAGCCGUUAAAGAAGAAAGCAUUAAGCGGCACAAGUGGAACGACUUUGCUGAAGACAGCUUGAGAGUCAUCCAGCACAAUGCCCUGGAGGACCGCUCCAUCACAGACAAGCAGCAGUGGGACGCAGCCAUCUACUUUAUGGAGGAAGCCCUCCGGGGGCGGCUCAAGGACACGGAAACUGUCCUCGAAAGCAUGGUGGGUCCAGACUGGAAGAAGAGAUGGGUGCACUGGAUGGGGCGGACCCACGAACAGUCUGUCCACAACGAGACAAAAAACGAACUAGAAAAGAUGCUGAAGUGCAACGAGGAGCACCCGGCCUACCUGGCCAGCGACGAGAUCACCACCGUGCGCAAGAACCUGGAGUCGCGCGGCGUCGACGUGGACCCCUCCCUGAUCAAGGACACGUGGCACCAGGUGUACCGCCGGCACUUCCUGAAGAGCGCCCUGACUCACUGCAACCUCUGCCGGCGGGGCUUCUACUACUACCAGCGGCACUUUGUGGACUCGGAGCUGGAGUGCAACGACGUGGUCCUGUUCUGGCGCAUCCAGCGCAUGCUGGCCAUCACGGCCAACACGCUGCGGCAGCAGCUCACGAACACGGAAGUCCGGCGGCUCGAGAAGAACGUCAAAGAGGUUCUGGAAGACUUUGCCGAAGAUGGCGACAAGAAGGUGAAGCUGCUCACGGGGAAGAGAGUCCAGCUGGCCGAAGACCUCAAGAAAGUGAGAGAAAUCCAAGAGAAACUUGAUGCUUUCAUCGAAGCCCUCCACCAGGAGAAGUAAACAAGAGAAGCCCCCAGAACAGUGGCCCCGAGUCCAGAGAACAGAGAAGCCGCUCCUGCAGUCUUCGGUGCGGCCUCUCUCCUCGGAGAGCCCCCCAUUUGGAAACACGCUGCCGCCCGGGACGCGGCCUUCUUCCCGAGGAGCCUCCGUAGUCACGAGGGCCGUCCGUGUGGUGCAGGCGGCCCGCCUGGCCCUCCCCUCCUCCUCCUAGUCUUGUCCCAGACGCCGGGUUCUUCGGUACAGACUGCUCUUACCGAGGACCGUUUCAGAAAAUAUUGCUGAGUGUUUGAAUAAAAAACUGGAGCCGU